AUGCAAAACGCAAGGCAGAAACGACCUACUAUCAGACCUUAUUAUCCAGAUGUUAAGGUUGCCCCUCGUGGUGUUUUUAACUCGACAAUUUCAUCUUUACAACGAAAUAUCAGUAAAGCUGAAGGACCAGAACACGAAGAAGCACGCCACGACUUACUGUGGAAGCUGAUGGGUAACUACAUACCAGCAGAUAAAAAUGCAAUACAGCAAUCCUUCGUAAACCAUUUUGAAUAUACAAUUGCAAGAUCAAGAUUCAACUACGACUCAUUUUCAGCAUAUCUUGCAGCGUCGUAUUCCAUAAGAGACAGACUGAUAGAGCUAUUCAAUGAUACGCAGGAGUUCUUCGUCUCUUCCAGAGCAAAGCAAGUUUAUUAUGUUUCCGCUGAAUUCUUAGUUGGCAGGUUUUUGAGGAACGCCCUGCUUAACCUCGAGUUGGAAGAUCUAUACAGAGACAGCUUGGCCGAACUUGACGUUUCUUUAGAUGAUAUUUAUAAUGAAGAGUACGAUCCUGGCCUCGGAAAUGGCGGACUCGGUCGCUUAGCCGCUUGUUUCAUGGAUUCUCUCGCGACAUUGAACCUUCCUGGCUGGGGGUAUGGUUUAAUGUACUCAUUUGGCAUGUUCAAGCAGAAAAUUGCCGCUGAUGGUUCGCAAAUCGAAAUUCCCGAUUACUGGCUCAAUUUCGGUGAUCCAUGGAGAAUUCGAAAGGACACGAUUACACAUCAAGUACAAUUUUACGGUCGUACAGAGAAUGGCGUCUGGAAACCAUCACUUACAGUCAACGCUGUUGCCAAUGACUUCUUAAUUCCUGGCUUUGGAACAGAUAAUACCUUAGCUUUACGAUUAUGGUCAUCAAAACCAACAAUAGAGCUCGAUGAAGAGAAAUUCCGUGGUGGUGAUUACUACGACGCCAUUUCCAUGAAGCAACGCUGUGAAAAUCUUACAUCAGUUCUUUAUCCUAACGAUAAUACAUAUGAAGGCAAAGAAAUGAGGCUCAUGCAAGAGUAUUUCAUGUCAUCGGCGUCAUUGCAAGACAUUAUCAGAAGAAUAAAGAACAAUUACAAGGCAGAUAUCCAUGAUUUUCCAAAAUACGCCGCAAUUCAAUUGAACGAUACACAUCCGGCCAUCAUGGUGGCAGAAUUACUCAGAAUUCUUAUCGACCAAGAGAAAAUUCCGUUCAUUGAAGCUUUAGACAUCACAAAACAAGUUUUUUCAUAUACUUGCCAUACAUUGAUGCCAGAAGCCCUCGAGAAAUGGGAAAUACCAUUAUUCCAGAACAUGUUGCCUCGUCAUCUUGAAAUAAUUUACGAAUUAAAUCAAUAUUUUCUUGAUGAUAUCAGAAGUCGCUACAGAUUCCCAGUCGAAGUCAUCAGGAACCUUUCGAUUAUAGAGGAAUCCAAUCCGAAAAAGGUAAGAAUGGCCAAUUUGGCCGUAAUCGGCUCUCAUAUGGUAAAUGGAGUCGCCGCAAUUCACACAGAGCUCAUGAAACAGAACGUAUUCAAAGACUUCUACACUCUCGAGCCGAGAAAGUUCGUAAACAAGACAAAUGGAGUUACGGUACGAAGAUGGCUUCAUCAUUGCAAUCCAGCGUUAUCAGCCAUCAUCACAAGAGUCUGUGGAAAUGAAUCAUGGGCUCUGAACGCGGAAGGAUUGACAGAAUUAAGAAAUAAAGUUGAUGAUCUCAAUUUCUUGAGGGAAUGGCAAUCAAUUAAGCUCUCCAACAAGCUUAAACUGGCCGAACUUGUCCAGAAAACUACAGGAAUCCAGUUAGAUCCUGAAAAUCAGUUAUUUGAUAUCCAAGUCAAGAGAAUUCACGAAUACAAACGCCAGCAACUGAAUAUCUUUUCGAUAAUUUACAGAUACAUCUCAUUACUCGAGCUUUCUCCCGAAGAAAGACAAAAUAUUGUCCCAAGAGCGAUGAUAUUUGGCGGAAAAGCAGCUCCAGGGUAUUGGGCAGCGAAGAAGCUGCUCAAACUCAUCAACAACGUUGCAAACGUCAUCAACAAUGACUCUCGAAUUGGAAAUUUACUCAAAAUAGUUUUCAUUCCAAACUACAACGUUUCCGCCGCCGAAGUAAUCAUUCCAGGCACCGAUGUAUGCGAACAGAUCUCUACUGCAGGCACAGAAGCCUCAGGAACUUCGAAUAUGAAGUUUGCAUUCAACGGCGCCUUGAUUAUCGGGACACACGAUGGCGCAAACAUCGAAAUCGGUGACGCCAUUGGCAACGAAAACGUUUUCUUCUUCGGAGAACUAGCAGAAAAUGUCGAUAGUUACAGAUCUUCCCCGAACAAGCCAAUUCCUCAAGGAUUGAGACGUGUUUUCGAUCUGAUAAGGACAGGAAUCUUCGGAGAACGCAACGAAUACGAAUGUCUCAUAUAUCCGAUCGAAAAUGGCGACAACUACUUAGUCGCUAAAGACUUUGACGACUACAUCGAUGCACAGAGACGUUGCGAUGACGUUUUCCGCAGUAAAGAUGAAUGGACGAGGAUGUGCAUCACAUCUACCGCGAACAUGGCCAGAUUUUCAUCAGAUAGGACCAUUUCCGAAUACGCGGAAGAAGUCUGGAAUAUCAAGGAGCACAAAUUACCAAUUGUGGCUUCUCCUGACGAAAUUGCCACGAUUCCGACAUUCGGAAUUGGUUCAAUUUCUGGUUCGUUACGGAGACACCAGACAGCGCAGAUGAAGCCUGGAGAGGUCAUGGCCACUGGAGGAUACGUUCCAAAGAAAGGAUCUUUCGGUUCUUUGACGAAAAGAGAUAAAAACACAAAGGUUGUAAUAGGAGUUCCAUCUACAUUGACUCCGAUCAAAGAAUCUGACUCAGAACAAGAUGAUGAAAUUCCAAUUGACUUCAACUAA